CUCGGGUAAGAAUGAUCGAAUGGGUUUUCAGUCCAUUUCAGUGAUCUUUAUAAUAAUUUUGCAAUGGACAAGUUUACAAUUUUUUUAUUUUUGAUUUAUAUAUCAACGCUUGAUGCAUUGGAUCUAUCUGGGCGUAAUGUUUGUUCAGAGGACUGUAUACCAAACACAAAUUCUUCGGCUAUUCCCGUCCCAUUUGAGGCUUAUCACUACCCAAAGGCCUGGAGAGUAGAUAGGUACAGAGGAAAGAUGACUACUUGUUUUAGAUGUUGUCAUGGCUGGCAGCAGACGGAUGAAAAAAACUGUGAUAAAGCUGUGCCGUACACGUAUACUAAGAAGGAAGCGUCGUCAUUCUUAAAGCACAGAAGCAGAAGACAAUUGACGUCAAAAAUUAGCUGUCUUAUCGAAACGUGUAGAGAGUUUGAUGUAAACCACGGCAGACAUGAGCCGUGGGGGGAAGAACAAGCAAUGAGAAGGUGCGGCAAGGAAAUUUAUGGGGAAAAGUGGCAUUCGGCAUGUUUGGAAAAUCCUUGUGGUAAAAAGCCGUGCCAAAAUGGUGGUACAUGUUACCCGGAUGCUACCCCAGGACAUGAUUAUUUCUGUGAAUGCAUGCCGAGAUGUGCGCACGAGUAUGGGUCCUACAAAGCAUUUAUUAACAACGGGACGAGCUGUGAUGCAAAAUGUUCCUGGAGUAGUAACUUGUGCUUUCCUGGAACAUGUUUGGGAACGGUAUCUACAUGUUCUUGCAGUUCUGGUUUCUCUGGCACCCACUGUUUGAAAAUUGGAAGUCAACACCAGCCCCUAUUUCCAAAAUGCGAGGCGGCUUUAAAGAGAUUGGUUGAUGGACAGGAAAAGGACACCAUACGCAUCGAAUGUCUUGGAUCAACUGAAGCGGUGUACACAAACAUUCCCAGUUUAAAUCACAUAGAGGUCCACUGGAAAACGUUUUUCCACCAACCGAAAUUCCCAACAUUUCCAAAUUAUAUCAAGGGUAUUCGACUUGGUAUUACAUCGUCCUCAGGGUCAGUUAUUCAUACCCGAGGUUCAUCCACCUUAACAAGUCUCAAAGAUGCAUUUCCAUGUAACGCUGGUUCUUCACAAUCUCCAAGGAUAGAUACGGUUGAAUGUAACCCAAAUGUGAAUAUUAAUUGGAACUUUCAACACAACGAUAAGAUCACGUUUAGCGCUUCAGCAACCAAUGGUGGAUACUUAGAGUACUACAGUCCAGAGACAAGCGGAAAUCAUUUCAAGUAUUACAGUAGUCAAACAAGCACAAACAUUUCAGUUUUCAUAUUUGACUUUGUGAACCCAUACCAUUGUUCCGAGAAAGUACCUGCAUGUACAAUCAAAGUUAUGGACUUCGGGGAAGAAAUCAGAAAGACUGGACUUACCCUUAGAUGGGAUGGCUGGAUGGAUGAUCUUUCAGGGAUUAUAGAGUAUGAUUACGCUAUAUAUUUCACUAGGCUCGAUAAAUCCGUCCUCGUUGAGUCCCAUCCAGCUGUGAAAUCAGGGGACUACCAGGAGAGGGAUAUAGACCCUUUCUAUGAUGAUAAUGAAGGUACGCGCACUAUAUUAGAAAUACCAAAUGCCAAUGCUAUAGUAAAAUUCCAGUAUGCAUUUGCAAAAGACCAUAAGGGAGGGAGAACCCUGACAAGUAAGCCUUCAAUGUGGAUUGACACGGAUGAUAUCCUCGACCAAGGUCAGAUACUUGAUCUACCUAGAAUUGAUGGAGACUCGUUUAGAAUUUGGCUGAAAGCAAUAGACGUCAUGGGAACAGAAAUUGAUGAUGAUAUAUAUUUACACAUUGAUUCUAGUCCUGGUUUGAUCGACGAUGUUUGGCUUGUCAGUAAUGGGAGGGAAGAGUUGACGGUACACGGCCUACGUGAACUCUAUGACAUAAGAUUUCGUUUCAAGGCCUUUGACAUCCACAGUGGUCUUCAUACUGUCCAUUGGAGGCUUUUUGACAAUUUCACUAAUACAGAGGUGGUACUUGGAGAAUCAUAUACACACGUCAUAAAGAAAGGCCUGACUGACGACUGUAACGGUGAUCCUGAUUGUUAUUGUACACCAGCGGGAACAUGUUAUGGCAUACAAUACGAAGUUCAACCUGAUUUUAAUGAUUUCCCCGAGCCUAUUGGAACUCAUGACCACGACUAUUACUUACGAAUAACAGUUACAAAUAUUGCCCAGCUUGUGCAGACUUUCAUUUUAAAAAUAAGUAUUGACACUUCGCCUCCACAUACUGGUAUUGUCUAUGACGGUCUGGCAGGCAAUCCGGAAAUUGACUUUCAACAGGACUUCACAAUUCACGCUGGUUGGACUGGUUUCUUCGAUCGUGAAAGUGGCGUACGGUUUUACCAAUACGGGUUUUCUAACUCUUGUCUUGGAGAAGAAAUGUUCACACUCAUCAACUCAUCAGAUGUAACGGAAACGCAAAAUACCGAUGCAAGUAUCACCUUGAAUCAAACAGGCACUUACUUCUGGACUGUAGUCGCAUAUAAUAGCGCAAUGGAACCAUCUGCACCCGUGUGCUCUGAUGGUAUCACAAUUGACGGUACUCCACCCAUCGUGCACUCAAUUGCUAUAGACAACAUUCGCACGAGACCUGGCUAUGUUACUAAAGGGAAUGUGACAUGGCUAAUUAAUACACGGGGACGUAAAAUAAAGUUAAACGGAACGGCUUGCAGUGGGUCACCAAUACCAGAUGAAACAGUGUUUGCUGAUACCUAUUCUGAAGUCUUAACUGAGUGCGACGAGGGACAUUUCAUACAAAGAUUUUAUUUAACACAAGAAAAAGAGCUAAACGUAAACUGGACUGGAAUUGAUGAUGAAUCGGGGAUAUUUGAUUUUGAAGUUGGUUUGAGUAGCACAGAUUCGACUAUGGCACCAGAUCUCUCACCUUUCAGAUCGACCAAUCAGCGACAAUCAUGGAAAAUGUAUCAUCCGCCACUUUCAGAAGGAGAACUUAUCUACGUUAUAGUAAAAGCAACAAAUCGUGCCCGAAUGAGUACCAUGAAGGUGUUUGGACCAUUGAUUGUCGAUAUCACAGGGCCUCAUUUCGAUGGUGCCCUUGGCGUGUCUAUAGUUGACGAGUAUGUGAGUGUAAGCUGGGAUCCGUUACUUGUCUACGAUAAUGAAGAUAUGGACAAGUUGUUAUAUGAGUUUGCAAUAGGUAGUUAUUCUCACCACCAAGAUAGAGUCGCAUUUAGACCUAUUCAGGCAGGACCAAACUGCGAUAUUGCGUAUCGAAAUUGUACAGAAAUUCAACUUUCUGAACUCGGCCUUGAACCAGCUCAUCCCCAGACUUUUCUGGUAUCAUUAAAAAUUGUGAACUCGGCAGGUCUUUCGACAAUUGUUGUUGCUGAACCAUAUACGUACACAAUGCAGCCACCAAAUAUUGGCAUUGUCAAAGACAUACUUCCCAUGAGUGAAUCAGAAGCAGUAACGAAGAUUAGACAUUAUGACAUAGACCAUCAGAUUUCUGCAACAUCGAUUCAUGGAGAAUGGUCGGGUUUUGCUCACUCACAUCUACCUGUGACAUAUGCUUUCGGAGUUGGUACGGCCAAAGGGUUAGAUGAUGUCGUGGCAUUUACUGAAGUGAAUGGUACAUCAUUUGAAGCAACUGGUCUUGCCAUGUUAUCGCUACAGACUUACUAUGUUACUGUAAUUGCUAAAACAAAGACGGGCUCUGUAAAUGCAUCAUCUGAUGGCGUAACUGUUAUUCCUGAUAACUUCACUGUAGAUGCUGUAAUACAUGAUGGGCUCGGUUGUGUUAGCUUUCCAAUAAAAACGGACCACCACACUGCUCAGGCACCUUGCAAAGAGGAUGUAGACUUCCAGUCUAGUCAUACUGAAAUAUCUGCGCAUUGGCAAAUUCCGGCAGCGAUGGCACGUUAUAUAACUCAUGCUCAUUAUAGACUAGAGCAAUACGAAACAAGUUCACAAAGUUGGAUUCAAGUACUGCCUGAUCGUGAUCUCAAACCAAUUAGAAAUAAUAUAACUAUCACCAAUUUAGAAUUAGAUGUUCGUUCCACUUAUCGCAGUGUUUUAUCGCUGUGUUCACCUGCCUUGUGUUUCUCUCCAAUAACGACAGACGGGGUCAUAAUAUACAACGCCAGACCAAAACCUGGAAGUAUACACCUACAAAUAAAAAACUCAACGUUAGAUGUAGCUAUGGAAGACUUUGAUGCAGGUGUAUAUGGUAACACAUCCCUUAUGAAUUAUUAUGAAUGGACUUUUUCAACAGAUGUAGAAUCUCAUGGUAUUUUAAUACCAUGGCAACUUGUAGACGGGAUUAAGUCAAACCAAGUUGUGUCAUUCAGCUUGACUUUGCCAAGUAGUCUAAUGUUGAAUAGGACCAUGUCGACCAAAUGCUGGAAAUUAUGUAUCAGAGGUUGGAGCUUCUCGGGGCUUUGGACAGUCUUGUGUACAGACAUUGUGGAUUGUGAUGAGCUUGACACCAACAGAAUACAUGACAUGGUGGUGUUUGAUAUCCAAGGUCCUGUCGAGUUUAAUAAGCAUCAAUUCUGGGAAAAUGGUGACGCUGACUACACGGCAAGUCGUGAUACGCUAUCUGCCGCAUGGCCAUCUUUGAGACACGGCUCUUACACGUGGGCUAUUAUUGCACCGGCGAUUGAUAACUUGGAGAAUUCAUUUGACGCCCGGGCCGCCCUUGAUGGCCUAUGUGAUCACUCCGACACAAUUUUAUGUGGAGAGACAAACGAUGAACAUAUCAAUGUAUUCAAUCUCACACUCCAAAGUGGAAGGCGGUAUUUUGUUUGUGUAUCGGCCAAUAAAACAGCAGUUGGCUACGAACGGUUCAUUGCAAAUAAAGAUUCUAUGCAAGCGUGUAGUGAUGGUAUAACAACCGACUGGACAUCCCCAGAUCCAGGCGAGGUCACGGUUAUGGGGAAUAAGGAUGCUAUGAAUCAAUGGUAUCAGUCGUCUAUCACUGAUAUUGAAGUAUUUUGGACAUCAUUUAUUGAUGAGGAAGAAGCACCCGAUUCACCAAACCACCAUGGUCUAAAGUUCUAUCAGAUUGCUGUUGGAGGUCAUCGAUACGGAGUUGAUGUUCUGAACUACACAACAGUAGGGGUUACUAACCACCACAGGUUGACAGGUCUCAACCUCACACGUGGACAUGAAUACUUUAUCUCUAUAAAAGGUACUAAUUUUGUUGGAUUAUCAGGUGUAUCUUCAAGUCAUCCUGUCAUAAUUGAUGACACGCCCCCUUUGUUAACAAAGGUAGCACAUGUAAGAAUAAGAGAACCUGUUGUCAGGACAAGACAUGUAAUCGAUGCCAGUUGGGAUAACGUAUUUGUUGACGCGGAAAGUGAUAUUUCACAUUAUCUCUGGGCCAUAGGAUCCAAAGAAGGACUGGCUGACAUACAUGGUCCAUACCAUACGGUUUAUACCGGUAUCAACAAAGCAGGUCUACAUACAACUACCAGUUCACACGCAUUUAUUGUGGACAGCACAGCGCCCAACCCUGGCUACAUUUACGACGGGAAAACGUCCACAACUGACAUAUUAUACAGAGAUUUAGACUACCAGACUGAUGCUUCGAGAAUAUGCGCUCAUUGGGAAGGUUUCGUGGACCCACACACUGAUAUUGCAGAGCAUAUUUUGGAUGUCGGAACCUGUUCUGGCUGCGAUGACCUUGUUAAAGCUUAUAACGUCGGACUCAAAACAGAGGUUUGCAUUGACUACAUGCAACUAUCGCAGGGCAAACGCUACUUCUCAACAUUAACGACAUGCAACCAAGCCGGACUUUGUGUAUCACGCUCUAGUGAUGGUGUGACCAUUGAUAGCUCUCCACCAGUUGCUGGAAUAGUGGAAGAUGGUACUCUUCCAGGUGAUGUGCAGUUUCAAGCAUCUAGAAACUAUAUUUCCGCUCAUUGGUCAGGCUUUCAUGAUGCGCAUAGUGGUUUGUCACAUUACGAGUUUCGAGCAGGAACAACACCUGGUGGGGAUAAUAUCGUGUCUCCUGUAAGCGUGCAUCUCACCGACCUGAUCGUCUUCCCAUUGGACACACCGCUUCCACUUACGACAAAGCUGUUUUCAACAAUCAGAGCAUUCAACUAUGCUGGCCAAUGGACCGACGCUGUUACAAACAGUUUUACUGUAGAUAUUACUCCACCUGUUAUUGUUACCCAACCUCAUAUAAAAACAAAUCUUGGGCCCACGAAGGAUAAUUUUCAGAUAUGGAAAAGUUCUUUGGUUGUCGAAUGGGAAUUUGCUGAUUUCGAGUCUGAGAUUGAACGACAGUAUGUCAGCAUAUAUACACACCAUGAUGGGGACAACACAAGUCCAACCACAGAUGUGGGAACAAGACAACAUUUCAUAUUCACCAAUUUGACUUUGGUUGAUGGUUCAAACUAUUAUGUAACAGUCAUCUCAUGUAAUAAAGCAAAGCUUUGCUCUGAAAGCACAUCUGAACCAAUUUUGAUUGAUUCAUCAAGAUCAAGUGUAGGGACUUUUGCCAGUUGGACAAACCAUGCAGCAGAACUGAUGCGUCAUCAAACGGGAUACAUGACAUGGAACGAAUCAUCGAUAACUUUACAAUGGCUUGGCUUCGAGGAUCAUCACUCUGGUAUAGACAGGUAUAUGGUGACAGUAGGCAGAACGUUUGCAGGCCAUGAGUAUACAAAGGCUCAACCCGUGGUUAUACCACACGCAAUGAAGGGCACCAUCCAUGUUGAAGGCGUCAUACAAGAAGCGACUAUUCUACUUGAUAGCUCACUCACCCAAAACGAAAACAUUUAUGUCAAAAUGUGGGCAGUUAACAAGGUCGGACUUCCUAGUUUAGUAGUGCACAAUGCAUUUAAUGUCGUUCCUUCUGGGAUUUCACACGGCAUUCUGCUUCUGGUCCGGAGAUGCGAUACACAUAGCUGCGAAGGUGACUGUGUAUGCGCUCCACAAAACCAGGUCUGUGAUACAAGCAAAACAUGUAUUGAAGCCGCUAAAGGUGAAAACCAUGUUGUAGAAAUAGAUGAUAUCCAGGACAUCAGUUUUCUUGAACAAUCAUCUCAAACACCCGGUGAUAUUGAUGUUACUAACUCCGAUUGUCUAUUGGCGGCUACUUGGUGUGUUAAUAAGACAAAUGGAAAGCCAAUCAAACGUUUCGAAUAUUCUGCUGGUGUAGAGGGGGAAUACUAUGGAAGUGGAGUGUUUGACCCUGCCCAUGACAGGAUCUGGUACGAGGCUGGCUACUACAACCACGCUGUAGUAACACCUACAGUUGAUCGGUUGUUACAAGGACAUCGUUAUGUUUUUUACAUAAGAGCAUGGUAUGAUGAUUCUACAUAUACGGUAUUUCAGUCUGAUGGAAUUGUCAUUGACAUCACUCCUUCUAUAGUCUCGAGGAUACGGCAUAUUCAAGAGAGUGAUGAUGAAAAUGUUCCAUACGACAAGGAUUAUACAAACAGUCACGACACUGUGGCUGUCGAUUGGUUAGACGUUUUCUCAGAUAAGGAGUCUGGCCUGUCUCAUUUCAUUGUCGGGAUUGGAACUAAACCUCGAGUUGAUGAUGCAUACACGUUUACAAUACAUACUGGUACAAGUGCUAUCAUCACUGGUCUCGAGCUGGAGCCUAGUCAGCAGUAUUACAGUACAGUUAUUGCUGUAUCUAACGGUGGUCUUGAGACUGCUAAAGUAUCAGAUGGCUUCAUGGUGGACAUUGAACUUCCUUCUGCAGGAUUUGUUAUAGAUGGGAAUGGGUUACACGAUAGUGACUACAGCAACCAGACACGAGAACUUAUUGCCCAAUGGCAUGGGUUCUAUGAUAGGCACAGUGGCAUAUCUAGAUAUAUUGUCUGUGUCGGGACUUCACCUAGCGUAUCAGAUUGUGACGUAUAUCCUGCCAAGUCAUUGGGUCUUCAAACGUCAAUUGUGAUGAGACCAUCGGAAGAGCUGAAACACGGUCUGACCUACUACACAAAAGUAUAUGCGAUAGAUGCAGCAGACUUAUCUUCCUUUAUGUCCGUUUCUGAUGGAAUCUCAAUAGACACGACACCCCCUGAUAUCAUGCAGAUUGCUGAAUCGGGAGAAAACCUACUGAGAAACCCAUCGUUUGAAGAUGGCGAAUCGGUGUUCUCUGUUUAUGAUAACGCAACAUUGUGGAUAAACUCUGCAGAUUCUGCACCGAUUUAUUGGGAAAUAGAAGAUGGUUCAAAAGCUGCAGUAAUUUCAAGCGAGAACAAUGAGUUUAAAAAUGGACGUAAGGCGUGUUUUUUGCUGGGAACCUUAAAGCAAAGUUUUAACACAGCCGCAGGAAAGAUUUAUGCUUUGCGAUUUUUUGUAAGUCAUCCUCCAUAUUCCUCCAUUCGUCACGUUAUUCAGAAUGGACAAAUACAAGCUCCUGGCAUCCAUGAAACAUUCAGAGUGUAUCCUCGUCAGGAAAUGUCUCUAAUUAACAAUGGUAACCCAAAUGUUCACAUGUCGAAUGGUUCCAAUAUAGCUUGGCAUAAGCACAUGUACACAUUCAGAGCUACUGAAGCUACAUCUACGAUAGUUCUUCAAACACUAGAGGACAAUUCGGGCUUGUUGUUUGACGAUGUCUUGGUAGAAGAGAUAACACAUGCUUCUUCCGACGGAACCAUUCAAGUGACAUACCAGCAAAUUAAUGAAUGGUCGUCUAUACACGCUCAAUGGGAGGCAGUCGACAUAGAGAGUCCUAUUGUUGAUAUUUCAUGGGCUAUCGGUUUGGUGCAAGGUGGCACACAACUUCAGCCAUUUACAUCUGUCGGGAGACGGGGAUAUGGGAUUAACAGCAAGCUACAACUAAUCGAUGGGAUGGAGGUUUACGUUACGGUCUUGUUUCGCAAUGCAGCAGAUCUUAUGUCGGUUUAUAAUGCUGAACCAAUUGUAGUUGAUCACACACCUCCCGUCAUAACACACGUAUAUGAUGGAAAUUCCACACGUGAUACCGAAUACCAGCAGAGUGGACAGACACUGUUCGCCAACUGGCGUGUUGAGGAUCAACAGGUCUCCCUGGACCACUGCGAAAUAGCAUUUGGUCUCAAACCCGGCCUUGAUGACAUUGUUCGGUUCAGCCAAGUCGGACCCGUCUAUGAAGAACCCCAUAUGGUUUUCAAAAGUGACAACUUACACGUGGAACAUGGAACAACCGUGUAUACAACAGUCAGGUGUUUCAAUGCACGUGGUCUAUGGUUGCAGUCCUCAUCAAAUGGCGUUACCGUUUUGUCCAAGCCACCAGACAACACUGAGGCUUCGAUUUCUCUCGUCACCAACUCAUCUUCACAGCAUCGUUUGCAUGAUGGAUUCCUGAACGACCCUCGUAUUAUCGGGGUGAAAUGGGGAGGUUUCAAAGAGACAUGCGCCAACGAAAUCAAAUCAUACGAGAUUCACAUACAUGCGGAAGGAAAUGCCGAGACGCUUUCAACAUACCUUGUUAAUGCAGAGAGUGGAAAUCAAAUUAUAUUCAACUCGCUUAAUUUACAGCAACACAAACAAUAUCAGAUACGUGUGUUAGCCGUUAACCAGUUAGGAGUCCAGAGUGGUGAGGUGUCUACAUCGUUCAUCACGGAAUUUCACUCACCGAAUAUAACAGGUACAGCUGUAACACAUUCUUGGUUGGAUGAGCAUACGGCCAGGUUGUCAUGGAUUCGUGUAUUCAGUGCUGACAGUGCCCUCUACUAUGAAUUAACAAUAGGGACAACGCCAGGAGGAACUGACAUCAUGAAAUGGAUAGAAACAGAACAAAAUGGCUUGACACUUUAUGCUUUGGACAAUUCUUUAGAGUAUUAUGCUUCCAUUACCGGGAUCAACCAGGCGGGCUUCUUUCAACCAGUCUCAUACACAUUUUCUUUUGAUGAGUUUGUUUAA